AUGACGCUGCCAUGGGGUAUACAGGAGGCCACCAUGAGCGAGAUGCAGCAGGUGGCACUCGGGAACCAGCUGUACCGCACGGCCAUCUACCUGAUCCUGCUGGGCCUUCCCCUCCAGGUCUCCGCGAUCCUGGAGCACCCAGCCCCAGCUGUUUGGUGCCCACAGGCGCCGAGCAGUUGGCACCAACCAGAAGUCCGAUGGCUGGCUGGGCUACCACAAGCUGAGAUCCUGUAUCUGGACCAAUGCCAGUUCGGGCAACUAGCCCAGAAGCCGACGCAGCUGCUGACCGUGAACCUGCCAGAACCGGGACGUGAGCUGGCGGCACAUCCAGGAGGGCCCAGGUGCAGGCACACAUCCCACCGCGGUGUAUACGGCAGGGACGGGCGCGGAGGAUGGCGGACGGCACCGCUCAAGGAGUGUCCUCCGCAGAUGUGCCGCGCCAUGGCGGCGGCUCUGUAUGCCAGGAGGCAGAAGCGGGACACGACUGCUGCAGGGCGGACUGGGCCCACCGCCGCCAAAGCGCUGAUGACCAAGGGCGCCUCACGCAUCCAGACGGCGCACCACAGGAUCAAGCACCUCGUGCCCCUGGAGGCGGAUGAGCAGCUCAUGCGGGCGGGCCGCCACCGAGGUGGAAGCGCGGGGAGCCGCUACAUCACACCCUGA